UCGAUAUGCUAGGCCGUUUUUUGCAGGGUAGUUUUCAAAAACUAUCGAUAGGUGCGACAGUUUGCAACUAUCGACAGUAUCCCAGCUCUAGCAGGUGUGUUUGAGAUAGUGCACAGUCGAACAUGGUCAGUCUUUCAACUUUACGAAAUCAUUGGAAAAAAUCGUUAUUUGCAGCGGGUGUCGCAGGAUAUGGGCUAUAUUAUGCAAAAACAAGCUUCGACAUAUCCCAGCAUAUGAAAAAUGUUUGUGCCGACACCAUUGCAAAUGGAAAGGUUUGUGAUAAGCCCAAACAUGUUUUGGUUGUUUUGAAUCCCGCUGCCAACAAAAGAAAAGCGGAGAAAAUGUUUAAGGAUUAUUGCGAACCUAUUCUGCACCUCUCCGGUUACAGCGUGGACAUUAUUAAAACGACUGAAGAGGGUCAUGUCAAGACAUGGCUUAAUGAUAUGACUGUGCGUCCACAUGCGAUUGUAGUCGCAGGUGGCGAUGGGACAGCAUCAGAAGUAGUUACGGGGCUACUACGUCGAAAAGAAGGCAAGUGCCCUAUUGUCUUGCUGCCAUUAGGACGAAGAAGCACAACCGCAUUGAAAUAUCUCGAUUUUAAACCGGAAAACAAACUCGAACGUGUCAAAUCCCUAACUGCGGCUUUAAGGCCACUUCUAGAGGAGAAAGUAAGGAGUGAAAGUGUUAUGAAAGUCGAUUUCAUUAACAGUCCAUCAGAUAAUGCGCCUGCAAACAAAACAACUGAAACCUCCAUUUACGGCUUGAAUGACUUUUCUUGGGGGCUGCUACGGGAUCUUGAAAGCAUUACAGAUAAAUAUUGGUACUUUGGACCGCUGCGACAAUAUGCAGCUACAAUUCUUAACGCAUUUUCCAGCAAACUAGACUGGAACUUUUCUACAGAUUUCAUUUACACUCCACCGUGCUCCGGUUGCCGUAAUUGCCAAGCGAAGGAAAAUAAAUCGUAUGUGAAAAAGUUUUUACCUCGCAUGUAUACGGUAAGGGACACAAGUAUUCCCAAUGCAAACUCUUAUAAAUUAAAUGACGAUUGCGCUACAAGAAUUGAGGGACAUACGAGUGCGAAUCAACUAAAUAUAACCUGCAAAAAAAAUGGUGAUUCAAUCACCGAACUUGAAACCAAAAUUAUUAACACGCUAGUGCCAGGCAUCGAAUUUGUUAAAAAAUUAAACAAAGUAAUAGGCAGGGAGCUGGAACCCAACAGCAUGCUUAAAAGUAGAACUAUACAGCUGCUACCUUCUGUAAAGGAGACAACUGACGCGCAUUACUCCAUAGAUGGCGAGGAAUAUGACGUUAAACCGUUGAAAAUAGAAGUUGUACCGAACGCAAUACAAGUCUUUUGUAAUUAAACGAAUUAAAACUGGGAUAUGUGUAGUACAUAUGUACAUAUUCUACUCUUA